AAAACUAUGUGUUUCCUGCUCGACCUGUACGAGACAAUGCCCCCUUCACAGGCCUUGGCUGACAGGUUCACAAUAUCUGUGGGAGCUGAGCACAAGAUCGAUGCCUCUGAGGGCUACAGAGGCAAUGGCAAGUACGAGCACCUACAUGAGCAUCGGGUUGACAUGGAGAACGGGGAUUCUCAGGCCAGGCCAGGCCACAGAGAGAUGCCUUUACGACCAGCAGCUGCUGCUACUGAACGUGUACCAUUGGCAGUGUUUGCAAUGGGCCAUGUGAAGAGAAUCCGGCUUCUGGCCAUGCUCAGUGGACUUAGACUUGAGGCAGAGCUGUCUGGACUGCAGGCUAGCGGCACACAUAAGGAAACGCUUCGUGACGGAAGUCGCCAGAGUGAGUCAUCUGCAACCGGUCGCCUUGGACCAGCGAGUGUGGUCCUGCUAGAGGGCCAGCCUCCGAACCACCAAUGGUGGUCACCAUGGCUGUUGGCACAUCACAGGCACUAG